CCUGUCAUUCUUGGCGGUGGUGGUCUCUGCCCAUCGAAUAUUUUCGCCUCAUGCCCCUCAGUGUCAGUUUCUUCCCCCAGUGGACCUGUUAACUUCACGAAUGGCCUCAAAGAGAUCUCUUUUUCGUCAACGGUGCCGGCUACAGCUGCAGCUGCCUACCUGAUUCCGGGAAAGACUAGGCGUCCACGGACCGCAUUCACAAGUCAACAGUUGCUUGAGCUGGAGCAUCAAUUCAGGGCCAACAAGUAUUUGUCACGACCGAAGCGAUUUGAAGUAGCCACCUCACUCAGCUUGACCGAAACACAGGUCAAUUUAUUGGAGAGACUUUCUAAUGGUUUUCAUGAUAUAAUAGUAUAG